CAAACGUCAUUGAUUCGACAUGGCGCGGGAAGCGCGGGAAGAGAUGCUCAUGGAUGUCGGCGGAGAAGUGGACGCGGAGGCAGACAGUCUUCCCCCGUCCUCUUUGAAACUGUACGAGGCGCAGUUCUUCGGCUUCACCCCGCAGACCUGCAUGCUGCGGGUCUACGGCGCCUUCCAGGACUGCCUGUGUGACAUCCUGCCCGUAGUGGAGAAGGUGUGUGUGAGGCAGCUGAGCAAAGGCGGGUCGGACGCGGCCGAGGAGCUGCUCCGGACCCGGGCCCGCGAGUGCAGCCGCAAGCUGCAGCAGUUCCUCGAAGACCGCUUCAAGCAGCUCUCGGAGCGGAUGGAGGCGCUGCUGGUCAACCGCUGCCUCUCCGUGCCGCCCAACGUCCUGCUGCCCGAAGACCAGUCACACAACAACUUCCCCCAAGACCUACAGGAGGUGCUGAGGCUGGAGUCGUCCCUGACAGACCUGCAGAGAGCCUAUGAAGCAGAGGUGUGUGCCAGACAAGCCCUGCUUGGCGAGCUGGAGGAGCAGAAGGAGGUGCAGAAGCAGCUGGAUGGGAUCCUGACGUGGGUCAGGGAGCUGCAGGCAGCCUGGGUGAAGGAAGGUAACGGCAACUUUAGUGAAAGUUUCCGACUGGUAAUGGAGUCGGUAAAGAAACUGCAGGAGGCUGUCGGAGAGGUCUACAAGAAAGCUCCUCACUGAACUGAAUUCAUAUUUUUUUCUAUUUUGUAACAUACAUUUCUCCAGAACUUUAGUAGUGUGUUGUUUUUUUUCUCAUCCUUUAAUCUAAAUAAUAAAAAAGAUCAUUUUA